AUGAGCCGAGACAAGGCCGCACAAUAUGCUAGUAGCUUGCAAAGGAAUAUCUCGCUCUACUUUCCUUUCCUGGCCUACUACCAAAUUUCGUACUACAAGUCGGAACUGUUUGACGCCACUGCGAUUGGCAGACUUGUGCAGAUUGGAUUUCCGGCAGAGCUGGAGGAGUCUUUGGGCGACUCCUUGUCUGGGGCGCAGCUGACUUUCAAAGCUUUGGUGUCAACAGCUUUGAUUGCUGCUGACCCUGAUGGACUCUCGCCUCGUUCGAGUUGGUUGAUCGCCAACUCACAGGCAGAUGACUGGUUGAGUUGCCACCUCAGAACGAUUUCUCAGUUGAUCUUGGAAGCAUUGCUGGUUGAUGCUUUGGAAUGCCUUUCAUUGGGUCCUUUAUGGUCCUUUACCUUACCAUUUGGGUGGUGGCUUUUUUCUGGUACUGAAGGCCUGGAUUGGCAAAAGGAGCUGGAGUGCACGCGCUUCCGACAGUUUUGCUGGCCAGUCUUCGGAGUAUUUUGCCUGCAGUUCGUAGGCGAUGCCAGUUUUCUCGGCCUUGAACAGUUGUCCACUUUGCCUGGUGGAGCAGAGCUCUUUUGGCUUUUGGAUAGGCUUCAAUGCACAUCUAUAGUCGAUAUCGUUCUGCAACCUCAUCAAUUCUGGAUGGGAGCUGACAAUGUUGGAAUGCGGAACGACGUGAAGAUCAACUACCAGCUAUUUGUCUUCCCCUACAGGGAAUUGGUAUCGGAUUUUGUCCGGGCUCGCAAAGUACCUUAUUGCAAUGAAUCAAUCCUGCGUGUGGUACAAACUUUGGCUCGACGGUUGCACCGAACGAGAGCUUCUGCAGUUCAUGUGGUUGAGAUCGGCGCAAAUCUUGGCGACUGCUCUGUAUGGCUUGCAAAACGUAUGCAGGCAGUUCCAGGUCUUCGUCGUAUCAAGGUUCUGGCUUUAGAAGCAGUUCCUGCAGCCGCAGCAGUUUUUCAAAAGUCUGUGGAGUGGAACAAUUUGACCGACGUGAUUCAGGUUGUGAAUGUCGCAGCAGGACAGCUGAGGGGAGCUGUAAAUCUCCAAGCAAAGCCAAUGAGUUCAAACUCAUAUACAGUGGCUGAGGGCUCCUCGCCAGAUUUCGCAACAGUGGAAACAAGAGCGUUGGACGACAUAACUCCUUUCUCCAACAUCAACCUCAUAGUCAGCCAUACCAAUGGGCAAGAACUGUCUAUCCUUCGUGGAGCCAUGCGCAUUCUCCGCAAGUCUCCGCAAAUCAUCAUUGUUUUGCAGUUGUACGGACCUGAAUCUGGCGUCAUCCACGACCCUACUUACGAUCCAUGUCGUCCAGUUAGGUGGCUGGUACACAGAGGCUUCGAGAUUUACCUCUCACACCGGAAAGGUCUGCGACUUGAGGCUCCAGGAGUGCUGCGCCGCUAUUUUGCAGAAGGCCAACAAGUUGUGAACGUCAUUGCAGUGCGAAAACACUGGAGGCGUCUUUUGAGCGAACCUCCGGUGAUGCAAAAGCCACGGACAUGUUUGGACUUAUCAAAGGGGGAGCGUCCAAACAGUUGGGCCGAGGUUGAUGGCCGGGUAUUGAGGGAAAAUCUGCACAUUGUUCGGAUCUACUUAGAAACGCACUUUGCAGAAGCUCCACCAAUUGGAGCUGUUUUGAAGGCAAAUGCUUAUGGACACGGUGCAGUAUUGGCAGGCAGAGUCCUAGCUUCAGCCAAGAUCGAUGCACUUUUUGCGUCAGAAGUUGAGACUGGGUUGAUUUUGCGCAUGGCCCCGGAAGUGCCCAUGUUUUUGCCGAUGAUCUUGCUGUAUCGAUCUCCCGGGAUGGCCGCGAUGUGCAAACUGGCUUCUGCAAACAUUACCGUCUCUGUCCUGUCCAUGGCUUGGCUCCAACAGGCGCUUCGAUGGCCAUCUUGCAGCUCGAAAGUAAGGCUUCACAUCAUGGUGGAUACUGGCCUAAAUCGAGAAGGUUUGGCAGCCCAGGAGGUCGCUGAAGCGGCAACGAUGGUUUUGCAAAAGUGGCCGGGCUGGUCUCUGGAUGGCGUCUACACCCAUUGGUGCUGCGUGUACGACCCUGUUGAGAUGCAUCGUUCACUUGCAGUAUUUGAACAUGCGCUGGGACUUGUGCAGGAAGUCAGGAAAACUUUUGGAGGAGAUGCCGGAAAUCAGCCACUAACAGUCCAUACUUCAAGCAGCUCAAGCAUUCUUUUUGGAGUGCACUACGAUCUGCUGAGAAUUGGUGGUUUACUAUUUGGAGAUCCUGUGGCAAUUUCGGAUGGUGCCGGGGGGACAAUGCGCUUGCCAGGACCACAUCGAACUCUUCUGUGGAAAAGCAAGAUAACUACAAUGCGCUGGUCAGUGCCUGGAGAGCGCUUCUCCAGAUGCACAGCCAACUAUGGUUGUGAACGCGGACCAGUUUUCGAAAAAAGAAUGUUGCUGGGGACGAUUCCGGUAGGUGCAUAUGAGUUCAGCGAUUCCAACAUCGUGAGUAGUCACUUUCGAGAGAAGCUGAAUUUGAUCGAGAAGUCCACGGACAGCUACACAGAGCAGAGCAAUCACAAUCGCAAGCUGUCACAAGCAAAGGAUGCAUAG